AUGGCAGUAGCCAGACCACGCGGACCGUUCGUCCCUCUCAGUCCGGUUUUUUUGCCGUCGAACAAGACUCUGACAGGACGAUCUGUUGUCCUCGAAAAGCUUGAGCUCAAGCAUGCAAAGGGUCUUUUCGAUCUCGUCGGAGGUUAUGAACCUACAAGGGCGUCCCUUUGGGACUACAUGGGGGAUGGGCCAUAUACGCAAUUAGAUGUAUUCGAGAAAAGCGUUGCAGCAAAGUCGGCCUCACUCGAUCCAUUCUAUUUUGCUAUCAUCGAUAAACGCAACUUAGUCCCUACCUCUGGCAAACCAAUCGGAUACCUAACUCUGAUGCGUAUUACUCCUGAGCACUUGACGAUUGAGAUUGGUAACAUUAUGUUUUCCUCUGCGAUUCAACGUACAACGGGCGCUACGGAAGCGGUUUAUCUUAUCGCACGAUACGCUUUUGAGGACUUGAAUUAUCGACGAUUUGAGUGGAAAUGCGAUUCGCUCAAUGCCCCAUCGCGCAGUGCAGCCCUCCGGCUGGGAUUUACUUUUGAGGGUAUCUUCAGAGAACACAUGGUUGUAAAGGGAAGAAGCAGAGAUACUGCCUGGUUCUCAAUUGUGCGAGAUGAGUGGGAUGGGAGUGUGAAACGUGCACUAGAGAAGUGGCUGGAAGAAAGGAACUUUGAUGAAAGUGGCAAUCAAAAGACAAAUCUUCAGGAGCUGAGAUCCUCUAAAGUAAAUAGUGGGAGCUCGCUCUAA